UAUAAGGGAGUGUGCGCAGAGGAUGGGGUGGGGAGAUAGUGUGAGUGGGUGUCUAUCUGCAAGAGAACAAUCAAUAUAGAGUAUUCCCCUGAGGUGAAGGAGAGAGACACAAGGAUUGCUCCUGGAGCCAGUAAUUGGAGCUUCAUUGACUUUGAGCCACACACACAGAGAGAGAGAGAGAGAGAGAGAGAACACACUAUCACCACACACCACACACUGAGGACCUGCUUCUGCUCUGGACACUACAGCACUUUGCAAACUGCAAUACUCCUGGUUCAGAUCUUUUGCCUUCUCUUCACUCCGUGUGGUUUGCAAAAAAAGUUAAAAGGAAAUCCUGGAUUCCUCUUGUUUUAUACGUAAGAACCGUUCAGGAGAAGAUGAACAUCUGGAGGAGUAGACGACUGCUCAAAUUGUACUGUGCCAUCUGCUGUGCGAUUGUGCUGAGCCUGACAGUGUUCCAUAGAAGUUACAAUGUCAGCCCGGAGCCCACCGGUGCGCCAGUGCGGUUGGACAGAGCGCCGCGAGUGCAGAAUCGAGGGAUCUCCCAGUUCAGAGACUAUGCUUUGAAGCAGGUGGUUGGCAGGAGGUCUAAAAGCCUUGGGGUAAUGGUGUCAGGGAGGGAUAGAGGAGGGAAAGGAGUGGCUAAACAAUGGGAUGUGCUGACAAACAACUGCCACCCCAACCACAACAUCACUCGGGCCAACUGGUUCAAUGACUUGGACGCCAAGUUCAAAGAGUACGUGUUGUACCGGCACUGCCGAUAUUUCCCGAUGAUCCUCAACCACCCGAAGAAAUGCGUUGGAGAUGUCUAUCUCCUGAUCGUGGUCAAGUCCAUCAUCACCCAAUACCACAGGCGGGAGGUCAUCAGGCAAACCUGGGGCAAGGAGAUGGAGAUAGACGGUAAGCGGAUCAAGACCCUGUUCCUUCUCGGGACCUCGUCCAACGUCAAUGAGCGAUCACACUACCAGAAGCUUCUGGAAUACGAGGACCGUCUGUACGGGGACAUACUGCAGUGGGACUUCACUGACUCCUUCUUCAACCUGACCUUGAAGGAGGUCAACUUCCUCAAGUGGUUCUCCACCUACUGCCACAGGGUCCAGCACAUCUUCAAGGGCGACGAUGAUGUGUUCGUCAGCACGGAGAACAUUCUAGAAUACCUUAAGGGGCCUGGCAUUCCUAACCUCUUUGUGGGGGACACGCUGCACAAAGCCAGGCCGAUCAGGAAGAAAGACAACAAGUACUACGUGCCCCUCGCCUUGUACAACAAGACCUUUUACCCGUCGUAUGUGGGCGGGGCAGGCUUCGUGACCAACCAAGCCCUGGCCAGGAAACUGUACCAAGCGUCUGAGACUCUGGAACUGUACCCCAUUGACGAUGUGUUUCUGGGCAUGUGCCUGGAGGUGCUGGGGGUGUCGCCCAUUAGUCACAGCGGCUUCAAGACCUUCGGCAUCGUGAGGAACAAGAACAGCAAGAUGAACUCAGACCCUUGCCUCUACAAACACAUGCUGGUUGUGCACAAACUGCUGACGGCUGAACUCUUAGAAAUGUGGGCGGCCAUUCACAGCAACCUCACCUGUUCCCUUAAAUUGCCCCGCACUUUCAUAUAAUAAUAAUACGUGCAUUUGAUAUAACAACAGCAGCAGCUUGCAUUUAGAUCUUGCCCCCUCACAUAAGGCAGCGUCCUGGAGCGCUUGACAGUGGCAGAGCACGAAGUCGAG